AUGUGGUUCCAUGAGCACCAACCUAGCACCUCCAUAGCGACUGUAAGCACGUUAAAGCUGCCCAAGCUCACUAGAACAGCAGCAGUGCCUCAACCUGUGAGCAUUACGCCUUGUUUCACCUCCCCUGUCCCCCCUCUUCCAUUUUCCCUUGCUCCACUCCACCCCUCCCUCACAUCACAUCACAUCACGUGCGUCCUCCCCUCAGCCCGGCGUUCGAGAGAAUUCUCAACGCUGCUGGGAUCCGUGGCCCCUGCUGCUCCCUUUUAUGCAGUCACCAUCUUUCGCUUCCCCAUCUACGAGUUCCCCCCGUGCACCAACGUAUACACGGUGUAUCCGCCUGUUGUAGACCAGUUUCUGCGCACGGGCGAACGUUCUGCUAUGCCCCCGGUUUUGUUCCCGACUCAACACAUUGGGUUAGUGUACGGCAUCCCCAUCGUCCGGUCACCAUUCACCACGCACGUUACCGUGGAGCAAGGGAAAGCGAAGCUGGCCGGAUUCAUUGCCGGGGCAAUCGACACGGAGACGCUCAUCUCGUAUGCCCUCAUGGAUGUGCUCAACCAGACAACCAACAAGUACUCGUUUCAUCUCUACGAUGUCACGGAUGGGAGUGCCCCUGUGCUCAUGUUCGGUGCCAACCUCAUCCGCAAGGGAAGCGGCAUAUUAUCGGCCUUUCUCGACCCUGCGACCAUUCCGCCGGGCGACAAGGAAGUUCAACCCUUCCCGGAGCCCUUCUGUUCUCGAACCUUUGAAGUCCAUUGCAGGUUCCUGGACAGUGGCAGUGCGUGGCGGCUGGUGUGGGCGCCGGUGCUGGUGGCGGUGCUGGUGGCGGUGGUGGCGGUGCUGCUGACGCUGAUCGUGGUGUUCCUGGCGCGCAAGCAGGCGGCCAUCAGCCGCGCCGUGAGGGAGGUGGAGCUCUGCACUGCCGUGCUCAAGCGCGCCAAGCGCUCCAAGAGCGAGACCGUUGCCAAUCUGUCGCACGAGCUGCGCACUCCCAUCGUGGGCAUGCUAGGUUGGUGCCAACAAGUUACGCGCCCUGUGUUCAUGUUCGACCUCCUCCUACUGCCAUUUCUUGCCAUGACCCUCCCCACCACGCGGCCCUGCUUCCCGCCUCCCGCUAGGGAUGAGGAUGAUGGACGCCCUACCGGCGGAGAGCGGGCUGCCAUUGCUUGCCUCAUUCCAACAUCAUCCGCCCCUUCCUUCUGCCUCUCACCAGGCAUGAUGGAGGCGUUACUGGAGAGCGAGCUGGAGGGCGGGCAGCACCGGGACCUGACAACAGCCAAGGAGUGUGCAGCAGCCAUCGUGGGGCAACUCAACUCCGUGCUCGACCUCGCCAAGCUGCACGCCGGCCGCCUCUCCCUCGAGACUCUCCCGCUCUCCCUGCGCCACUGCGUCGACAUGGUUGCCCGCGACUUGCUGCCCGAAGCCUGCAAGAGGGGCCUGCACUUGGUGUGUCAGCUGGACUGCAGUGUGCCCGAGGUGCUGCUGGGGGAUCCUCUGCGCCUCGCUCAGGUCGUCAGAGAGCUCAUGAGGUUUGGUGCGGCUGCGGUUGCCACUGUUUCUGUCACUGUUUCUGCUGUCUCGGUCAUUCUCGCUGUUGGUGGUGCUGCUGUUGUUGUCGCUGUGCUCGUUUCACAGUUCUCUCCUUUGCUAUCACAUCCCUCUCGCCCUUGCCCUCCCCUCUGUGUCUUCAUCAGGCUGCCCUGUGGUCCGUCUCCCAUCUCUCUGCCUGCCCUGUGGUCCGUCUCCCAUCUCUCUGCCUGCCCUGUGGUCCGUCUCCCAUCUCUCUGCCUGCCCUGUGUUGUGCUCACCCGCCCAUCCCUGCCAUCAGGCCAUGCCAUCCGCACCACUGUAUCAGGCCACAUGGCCUUCAGGGUGUGCUGCGUCCCCAUGCCCCCUCCCACCACCACCACCACCACCAACGCCCAGGGGGCCUCGCCCCUCACCACACCCACGACUGGCAAUGCCGUGACGUCUUCAGAUGCUGCUGCUGUGGCAGCAGCAACUGCUGCGCGGCUGGAUUUUCGUGCGGCAUCGCAUGCUGCUGCUGCUGCUGCGGUGGCAUCGGGCUCAGCAGGCGGGGAAGGUGGGGUGCAGUGCAGGGAGUGGCUUGCUUCGUGGCUGGUUGAGGCCUGUCGUCCUUGCAGUGGCAGCAGUGGGGGCAGUGCCACCAUUCCACCCGCCGCAGCAGCAGCAGCAGCUGCAGGAUCAGAAGGAAUAAGAGAUGGGGAGGGAGGCAGGGAGGAGGCGGAGAGGGGGGUGGGGCAGGUGCAAGCGCUGCUGCGUGAGUUGGAGGGGUGUGUGAGUCGCUUCAAUGAUGGUGCUGUUGUGUGUGCAUCGGUCGAUACUGCUGCUGCUGCUGCUGAUGAUGAUGAUUGUGGUGAUGGUGAUGAUGAGAAGGGGCGCGUGAAUGAGUGGAAAGGAGGGGUGGAACCGGGGGAACGAGAGGAGGAGUCAGCAGUGCCGUCCGUAUGGUGGGUUUGGAGGCAGUCAGAGUUCUGCGGGCGUGUGAAGAACCGACUGCUUGGGUCGAGAGGGGCUGAGUCAGGGUCGCAAGACACUGGCGGCGAUGGGGGUGUAGCUGUCCCCUCUUCUCCCGCUGCCCCCUCUGCCGCCUCUUCUCCCUCUGCCCCUGCAUCCGGUCAUCCUGUUUCCCAGGUAGCAGCGGUAGCAGGUAGCAGAGAAGGCCAUCAAGGAGAGGCGUGUGGAGAGGAAGGGGACAGCAAUGAGGAAGAGGAGGGAGGAGAGGGAGGGGCGGGCAGAGGCGGAGUGGUGGUGGUGAUGGUGUGUGAGGACACGGGCGGUGGUAUACCACCGGAGGAGCUGCAUUGGGUGCUGGACCCGGACGGGCAGGCAGCAGUGCAGGGCAGAGGAAAUGUGCUGCUGCAGCGAGGGGACUCCAACAGAGGGGGCAUGCACCCUCCACUUGCUUCGCCUCUGUCUCCCCUGCAUGGCUCCUUGGACUUCUGGCCUGACUCUGCUGCACCUCCUUCUCAGUCCUCCUCUGCUCCUGCAUGGGAGCCCUAUCCAGUUCGCUUCCUGCUCUCCACAGGCCUGGAGUGGGUGGAUCAUCGCAAGGCCAUCUGCUCGCUUGUGGCGGGCAAGACAGCGCUGCUGCUCGAUGCCAUGCCGCUCAGAGCACAGGCAACGGAGGCGUGUCUGCGCUACCUGGGAAUGGACGUCACUCUGGCAGCCUCGCCCGCGCAGGCCAUGAACCUCAUGCACCACCCACCCACCACCACCACCAGCAGCAGAGGCGGCGGCGGCGGCGGUGGUGGUGGGAGUGUUGAUGCCGGUGGUGGUGGAGGAGGGUGGGACGCAGUGUUUGUUGACAUGGACGUCUCAGGCCCACUCUCAGGCCUCCACGUGGGCGCCCAGAUUCUGCACCACACGGCUCGUGCUGCUGCGUGCUCUCAGGGUGCGGGCAAGGAGCGGGGUACAGAAGGGCAAGAGGCAGGGCGGGCAGUGGUGGUGCUGACGGGGGCGAGGGCAGACAGUGUGGAGAGCGAGCAGGCGGAGAGGAUGGGGUUUGCGGCUGUGCUGCCCCACCCAUGGCUCGUCACUCACACCGCUCACUGCCUGCAGCAUCUCUUCUUUCGCGCUGCAGAGAGGCCGCCUGCCAGUCCACGUGCGUCUGCCGCCGCCAGCCUGCCUCAGUCCAACAGCACCAACACACCUGCUGCCGCGGUGCCCAGUCCCUUAUUGCUGCCCAGCGUAGCGCCAGAGGAGGCUCUGCGGGGGCUGGUGGGGCAGCAGGCGGUGGUGGUGGUGGAUGACAACACUGUCAACCGCGCCGUCGCCAGACGCACGCUGCUCGCCCUCGGGGCGCUUGUGCACGUCGCCGCGGGGGGAUCUCAGGCUCUGGACUGGUUGCGCCAGCAGAUGGCUGCUGCCACCAGUGGGCAGGGGGGUCCGGGGCAUCAGCAGCAGCAGCAGCAGCAGGCGGAGGGGCAAGAGGCAGAGAGUGCUGUGCCGCUUGUGCUGCUAGACCUUCAAAUGCCCGACAUGGACGGCUACGAGACGGCGCGGCGCAUCCGAGCCAUGGAGGCGGAGGCGGCUGCAAGCAACGCCCCGGCGGGUGAAGCUCAUGCGGGGGGCAGCAGGGGGGAGCGGCGGCGGUGGUGUGUGGUGGCGCUGACAGCGGAUGUGGAUGGCGAUGUGCGGCGGGCAUGUGGUCAGGCCGGCAUGGAUGGCGUCGUCGCCAAACCCAUUGUGCCGCGCGACCUCCUCGCUGCUCUCAAGAAUGCGGGCUACCGCAGUUAG